AGAAUGAUAGAUUCCGCAUUGAAGCUGUUCGAUGAAAUGUCUGAGAAAAGCAUCACGCCUGAUGUUUUCACUUACAGUGCGUUGAUACACGGCUUUUGCGAUCUGAGUCGUUGGAAAGAAGUUAAAAUGUUGCUAAAGGAGAUGAUGGAUUGCAAGCGAUACCCAAAUGUGGUGACGUACAAUACUAUCGUCGAUGCUUUAUGCAAAGAAGGUUUGGUGGAUGAAGCCGAAGACGUGCUCCAAAUCAUGAUGCUGAAAAAUGUGAUCCCGGAUGAAUUCUCCUACAAUUCUUUGAUGGAUGGAUAUUGUCUGCAAGGGCGAACGGAUGAAGCUCGGAAGGUGUUCGAUUCCAUGGCCAGCAAGAAUAUUUUUCUCGAUGUUCAGAGCUAUAACAUUUUAAUCAAUGGAUAUUGCAGAAAAAUGAAAAUAGACGAAGCUGUGGAUCUCUUUCGUGAGAUGCCCAACGGAGGGUUGAAGCCUAACGUGGUUACGUAUAAUUCUCUAUUAAAUGGGCUGUUUCGUGGCGACAGGUGUUCUUGUGCACUGAAGCUUUUUGACGAGUUACAGGCUGCUGGACUGAAACCAGACUUCUAUACUUACUCUCACUUGUUGGAUGGACUAUGCGCAAACGGGCAUAUCGAACGAGCAUUAUUGUUUUUGAACGAGUUGGAGCAAAGGGGAGAACAUCGUCGAAUUAAUUACUAUAGUGUCAUCAUCGACGGAUUAUGCAAAGCUAAGAAACUUGAUAAAGCUCGAGCUAUUUUUAAACAUCUUCCUUCAAAAGGAUUGGAGCGUAAUGUGGUAACAUACAAUAUUCUGAUAAAAGGAUGUUGUCAAAGCGGGCUACUUGAAGAAGCUAAAGAUCUUCUUUUGAAGAUGGAACAAGAAAGUUUGUUGCCUAAUCGGGUUACGUUUAAUUGUAUUGUUCAAGGAAAUCUAAAGAGGGGCAAAUACGAAGAUGCAGCAGAGUUUCUCGAGGAAAUGGUUUCUAAAGGAUUCUCCCCAGAUUCAUCUACAUUUGCCUUGCUGCUUGAUUUACUCGGUACAAAGGAACAAGAGCCUACAAUUUUUAAAAUGAUCCAAAAGUUCGCUCCGACUACUUUAAAACCAAAACUAUGUUGGAUGGAAUUAUAUUACAGUAGGAGAGGCAUAAGCAGGAAAUUAUUGCUAAAGACGAAAAAUGACGAAGCUGUGGAUCUCUUUCGUGAGAUGCCCAAUAGAGGGCUGAAUCCCAAUGUUGUUACUAUUAAAGUGGGUAGGUUGAUACGAAAGGCCCACAAGGCGGAGGCCCGUGCAAUUGGGCUGAAAUAUGCCUUUAGUGUCAUCAUCGACGGAUUAUGCAAAGCUAAGAAACUUGAUAAAGCUCGAGCUAUUUUUAACCAUCUUCCUUCAAAAGGAUUGGAGCGUAAUGUGGUAACGUACAAUAUUCUGAUAAAAGGAUGUUGUCAAAGUGGGCUACUUGAAGAAGCUAAAAAUCUUUUGAAGAUGGAACAAGAAAGUUUGCUGCCUAAUCGGGUUACGUUUAAUUGUAUUAUUCAAGGAAAUCUAAAGAGGGGCAAAUACGAAGAUGCAGCAGAGUUUCUCGAGGAAAUGGUUUCUAAAGGAUUCUCCCCGGAUUCAUCUACAUUUGCCUUGCUGCUUGAUUUACUCGGUACAAACGAACAAGAGCCUACAAUUUUUAAAAUGAUCCAAAAGUUCGCUCCUACUACUUUAAAACCAAAACUAUGAGCAGAAGAACUUGUCUGUCGACAAUGUGUGAAGAUGGAGAAGAUUUGGAUUAUCUGUCCAGUGCUGUUUAAACAGAACGAUGAAAAUAGACGAAGCUGUGGAUCUCUUUCGUGAGAUGCCGAGCAGAGGGUUAAAGCCCAAUGUUUUUACGUAUAGUUCUCUAUUGCAUGCAUGGGAUAUUUCAUGUCGGAAGAUGUUCUUGUGCAAACUGAAGCAGCUUUUUGAUGAGUUACAAGCUGCUGGACUGAAACCAAAUUUCUAUACGUACUGUGACUGUGACUUAUUGGAUGGACUAUGUGCGAACGGGCAUGUUGAAGAGGCAUUGUCGUCGUUGAAUGAGUUGGAGCACAAGGGAGAACAUCUUCUAAUUAUUUACUAUAAUGUCAUCAUGAUGAAUUCUGCAAUGUUAAGAAACUCGAUACUGGUAAGCUACAAUAUCCUGAUAAACGAAACGGAUGUUAUGAAAAACGGGCUACUUGAGGCAGCGAAAGAUAUUCUUUUGAAGAUGGAACAAGAUAAAUUGUACUGUUCAAGGAAAUCUAAAGAGGGGCAAAUACGAUGAUGCAGCUCGGAUUCUUGAGGAAAUGGUUUCUAAAGGAUUCUCCCCGGAUUCAUCUACAGUUUGUUUGAUGCUUCGUUUACUCGGUACAACCGGACACGAGCCUACGAUUCUUUAAAUGAUUCAAAAGUUUGCUCUUACUAGUUUAAAACAUAAACUAUGAGCUAAAGAAUCUUGUAUGUGAAUCAUGUGUUAAGAUAGUUUUAAAUAAUUAAAAAAAAUUAUAAAUUUUUUUUUUG